UUGACGUUGGUAGCUAUUGGUGGCAGUAUCAGUCAGGCGCCCCCAGUAUCAGCCUUCUGCUGUGCGGUGAAUCUUGUCCCUCGAGAAAAAAAGGAGAUUCAGUAAAAGCUCGACGAGAGAUACGAAAAAAACAUGUUUGCGAAACCCACCAUCGGGGCUCGUCAAGCGGUGCAGGAGCAUGUUCUUGCAGUUUCCAGAGAUUUUAUAUCCCAGCCCCGCCUGACUUAUAAAACCGUUUCUGGUGUCAACGGACCCCUCGUUAUUCUCGAUGAAGUGAAAUUUCCGAAGUUCGCCGAAAUCGUGCAGCUCAAACUUCCCGAUGGAUCUUUACGCUCUGGAAAAGUGCUUGAGGUCUCCGGAUCCAAAGCUGUUGUUCAGGUCUUCGAAGGAACAUCUGGCAUUGAUGCAAAAAACACUCUUUGCGAAUUCACUGGCGAUAUCCUGAGAACUCCGGUCUCUGAAGACAUGCUGGGACGUGUCUUCAACGGUUCUGGUAAACCCAUUGAUAAGGGGCCCCCCAUUCUUGCCGAAGACUUCCUGGAUAUUGAAGGUCAACCUAUCAAUCCCUGGUCUCGAAUUUAUCCUGAAGAAAUGAUCCAAACUGGCUUGUCCGCUAUCGAUGUCAUGAACUCCAUUGCCAGAGGGCAAAAGAUUCCGAUCUUUUCCGCUGCUGGUCUACCGCACAAUGAGAUCGCCGCCCAAAUCUGUCGUCAAGCCGGUCUCGUAAAAGUUCCAGGAAAAUCGGUAUUGGAUUCUCACGAGGAUAAUUUCGCCAUUGUAUUUGCGGCUAUGGGUGUAAACAUGGAAACUGCUCGUUUCUUCAAACAAGAUUUCGAGGAGAAUGGUUCGAUGGAGAACGUUUGUUUGUUCUUGAAUUUGGCAAACGAUCCAACAAUCGAGCGUAUUAUUACGCCUCGUUUGGCCUUAACGGCGGCUGAAUUUUUGGCUUAUCAGUGCGAAAAGCACGUGCUCGUCAUUUUAACGGACAUGUCAUCUUACGCGGAGGCUCUUCGUGAGGUAUCAGCCGCACGUGAAGAAGUACCCGGACGUCGUGGUUUCCCAGGUUACAUGUACACCGAUCUUGCAACAAUUUACGAGCGAGCUGGACGUGUCGAAGGUCGUAACGGAUCGAUUACCCAAAUUCCAAUUCUUACUAUGCCUAACGACGACAUAACUCAUCCCAUUCCUGAUUUGACCGGUUAUAUUACCGAGGGACAAAUCUACGUCGAUCGUCAAUUGCACAACAGACAGAUUUACCCACCGAUCAACGUACUUCCUUCAUUGUCGCGUCUCAUGAAGUCCGCCAUUGGAGAGGGUAUGACGCGCAAGGAUCACUCCGACGUUUCCAAUCAGCUGUACGCCUGUUACGCUAUCGGCAAAGACGUCCAGGCCAUGAAAGCUGUCGUCGGAGAAGAAGCUCUCACCCCCGACGAUCUUCUCUACCUGGAGUUCCUCUCGAAAUUCGAGAAGAACUUUAUCUCCCAAGGAAGCUACGAAAAUCGAACCAUCUUCGAGUCCCUGGAUAUCGGCUGGCAGCUUUUGCGUAUUUUCCCCAAGGAAAUGCUCAAGCGUAUCCCGGCCUCGACCCUGGCCGAAUUUUAUCCUCGAGACUCCCGUCAUUAAUCCUCAUCUACCGUUGAUAUUAACACUGGUUGUAUCCCAUCGACGGUCGUACGACAUUAAUGAGGCGCCCAAGAGUCUCAUCGGCCCUAAAUCUUUAUUCAAAGUCCGCGGGACUUCGUGCUCGGAAAUUUUGAGCUUCUAGAUUGUUGCGUCUUGACAGUAAGAUAUUAAAACAAAAAAAUACAAAGAAACCAUGUUUUCAGUCGAUCGACUUGAAGUACAGCUGUUCAAUGGUUACGCGCAAACUACGCAAGACGUAUAAUGUUUAAACGAAAAUUCGAAUACAAGAAAAAAAACAAAUUAAUUCACAAAGGGGUCGUGCCAAUCAUCGCAAGUUAGUCCUGUAAAUUGUUAUAUAUACGAUUAGAGAUCAAAGUACCCGGAAGUCCACGAAAAUCUUUCGUUUCAUCAGCGAAACAUCUUCCAACGUAUUGCAUCGUUAUCACUUACAGGAAAAUCUAUGAAUGUAAAUUGUAAUAUAUUGUUCAGUAUUAUCAUAAGGAAAAGAAGAAAAAGAAACAAACUACGCGCGUUCGAAUCCUUUAAAACUAGAGCAUCCUACAUUCCACAGAUGAAAUUUUUAUUUACGAGAUGUAUCGCGGCUCCCCACCCUUCGGCGCAAUGAAAGAAAAAAAAACAGAAAAAAUGAAAGAACGUAAAAGCAAAUAUACGGAAAAAAAUAAGAAAUCGUAAUUAUGUUUUCAAUCAUAGACACGAAUUCUACAUCGCGUGUAGUUAAUAUGGAAAUACAUUUUUCAAGAAACAUAAUGUAUGAUAAAUUAAUAUUAAUUAGAGAUGAAAAUAUUUUUAGUGUUAUUGGCACUUUAGGAGCUUCUGUCAAUCUCUUAUGGAUCAAAUACGCCUACCUUUCGAAGGUUUGUAGGAAGCUUAUAAUGGUUGUUUUUGUGAUCGUGUUCGAUAACUUCACCAUCAGUUCCGUUUAGCCAUUAAAUAACGUGAAUGUAAUAUAACUGUAUAAAAAAGAUUCGUUGAA